CCACACACAUACACACACACACAUGGAGUUCCGGGUGACGUUUUUGAGUUUGGUUUUAAUCAAAGUAUUUCCUGAGCUACUUUAAUAACCAUAUUAAUGAGUUUAUCGUGAUAUUUACGAUUUUCAUCCAGCUGUCUAUACUUCAAAUGAGAGAGAGCGGUAACCGGUGACGACGAAGUGCGAAGAUUUCAUUCUUCGAUACGUACAGACACACCGCGCCGGCUGAACCGCAAACCGUUGGGUUCUGGAUUAGUUCUGGCAUGUUCAGCUGCAGGGAUUUCUAAUUUCUACGGUGAAAGAUAAGGGACUUAUAACUCAAAACACUUACCACCGCUCAGCUGUUUUUGGUGAGAGUACACCAAUUAAAAAACCUUGGAGAAAAUCAUACAUCAAUUUCAUCCAACUGGACAUUUGAUGUCUGUAUAAACCGUCGUCUGGAAAGGAUUUUUUGAGCGUUCGAAUAAUUCUUAUGCCACUCCGAAAACUCAGCAUGAAUUCCCGUGUUGUGACACGGGCAGUUACGAGCCGAUUUAAGGAGGGAGAUUUUCAUGAAUCUUACACUGUUCAAAACGAACUCGGAAGAGGGCGUUUUGCAGUCGUCCGCAAGUGCACCCACAAGGACGGCUCCAAGAACUACGCCGCCAAAUUUGUACGGAAGCGCAAGAUGGGUCGCUCCUGUCGUGAAGACAUCCUGAAGGAGAUCCGUAUCCUCGAGAUGUCCACAAAUCAUCCAAGGAUGAUCAGACUUCACGAAGUGUUUGAGACGUCCAGCGAAGUCAUCCUGGUGCUAGAAUUUGCUGCAGGAGGAGAGCUCCACCCUUACUGUGUCGCCGAGAAAGAGGAUGCAUUCACUGAGCAGGAAGUCGUACGGCUAGUCCGCCAGAUCUUAGAAGGUGUACAGUACCUCCAUCAAAAUAACAUCGUCCAUCUAGAUCUCAAGCCUCAGAAUAUUCUCCUGACCUCUGGGGGUCCGUGUCUUGGCGAUAUUAAACUCAUCGACUUUGGCAUCGCAAGAUUAGUCCAGAAUGGUGACGACAUUCGGGAACUUGUUGGAACUACUGAAUUUGUUGCUCCAGAGGUAUUGAACUUUGAACCCAUCACACUAGCCACCGACAUGUGGAGUAUAGGCGUGGUUAUCUACAUCAUGCUAACUGGAAUCUCGCCGUUUGCUGCCGACGAUAAACAAGAGACUUACCUGAACAUCUCACAAGUUGAUCUAGACUUCCCUGACGAGUUUUUCGCCGACAUCUCGGAGGAGGCGAUUGACAUGAUUCAGAGACUCUGCGUCAAAGAUCCUGAGAGUCGACUGACAGCCCAUCAGUGCCUUAAUCAUCCCUGGCUUCAAGAAAGACCGACAGAAACUACAUCAAGCUCACGGGUCAUCGAGACGGAGAACAACAACACCUUAAAUCUGAACCCUUUCCGUGAAGACGUAAUUCAAAAUGGCGACGAAGAAAACAACCGUUGUGUAGAUGUUUCAGAAACAAAAUCCCAUGCACAAGAACUAGUAGAGACUUGCGUCUCCAAAUUUGAGAACUAUUCCGAAGUAAUAACGACAUCGUGCAAUCAUUCCAUCGAGGUCUUGACGUGCUGCGCGACCACCACGGUCACCGUCAGAACGGACUUGAGCGAGGACUGCGUGGAUGGAGCCAAGGACUCCGCCGAGAAGAGAAUCUUAGAUUCAGACUCUGAAGACUCAUUAACAGUCGAGUUGACUGAAGCUAAUUUAGUCUCGAGCGAGCAGAGUGGAAGUUGUAGGUCACCGUACCACAGUCCGACGGCCACGAGACGGACGAUACUAAAGAAUAAAGAGAACUUACCGAAGGAUCUUAACCAUGCUAAGCGGAUUUGUAUCCAGGUUUCAUAAUGAAACACUUAUUUUUUCGUCAAGAGCUCAGGCAGUGGAGUUACACCGAACCUUUUACUGUCACUACAAAAAAUACGAGGGAUCAAGAAGGUGUCGCUCUGAGGUGACUUUGUACAAGCAACAAGGGUUCCUUCUACUUCUUAACACUCUCUGUAACUUUCACACAAUGUUUUUAUGCCCCAAAUUUCACGCCAUCUACACAUACAUAUUUUGUUUGAAAUUGCAAGCUUAAAGUAUUCACAAAAUGAAAAAAAAAAGUUUUAAAAAUAUUUUACCAAAAGAAAAGGCUACUCGCUAGGCCAAUACCUUAAUCAAGCUACAACUGUGAUCGUCAUCCUCCCUGACUGCAACAGCACUGUUCAGUACUGAGUUGUGUCACACAAAAAGGGCCAGUCUAUUUUCCCCUUCCAGUCUCAGUUCGGUUUUGACUUGUUUGAAGGAAUGUGGAACAAGAUGGCUGCAUUUGGGUAACGAUCAAAAGUAAAGAAUCCCCUUUGCCACUUUUUACUUAAAUUUUACAAAAACAAAAACAGAAAAUAAUCUUAGCUUUGCAAACUGCUUACCAACAACAAGGAUUAUUGUAUAAAUGCACAAAAUAGUGAAUGGGCUGACGUUUCUAGCAGAGUCUGUCUUGAAGACUUCAAGAAGCACUCUGCUAGGGUCAAAACGUCAGGCAAUUUUUUUUAUUUUUUGGAUAAAAAAAAACAUGCGUCAGAAAACUCAACCAGGUAAAAGGAAAACCUGUUUCAACUCUCGUGUACUUUUGUGAUCAGAAAAUCAGAAAACUCCAUCCUGAAGUUUUUUUUUGUAACUAAGUAACUCCGAAGCUUCUGAUAAUUUUUGUCUUGAAAACUAGUUCAUGUUGCUCUGCCCAAUGAUAACUAGUAUUUUUUGUUUAGUUUUUUAGUUUUUGUUUAGUUGUUUAGUUUUUUGUUUUUUGUUUUUUUUGCCUUUUUCAGUUUCUUAAACAUUAUGCAAUAGUCGUCUAUGCAAUGCUUUUAUCCGCUUUUUGUUUGGGUGGGAAACUAAGUGAAAACUAACGCAAGUGCCUAAAAACAUCUAUAUAUAAUGUGUAGUUUUUAAAGCAAAAUGACUAAAAUAUCAGAUUUUGAUAUUCAGAGGGUACGAUAUCAUUUUUUUAAUGCAGCCAUGAAGUUUAUAUAAUGAUUGGUAAUGCUUAUUUAUUCAAUUUUAAUUGAUUACAAAGUAAUUGACCUGAGCAGGAUUUGGACCAACAACAUCCGAAAUACAGUGCCAGCGCUCUGCAUGUUGGUGGUCUCCCUAUUUUGUGUCAGUAUCUUUGUUUUCUUCCUUUUUUUUUUGAGGGGGGCUUCAGGGUUGAGUUAGGGGAUGUCUGUCCCUGCUUCCA